ACGUCUUGCCUAUCUGUCAAAAAAUCAACGCCGGUGGACAAAUACUAUGAAAAUUUUUAACAUAGCUUUAUGUCUUAAAUUAAUCUAGAUUUAUUUUAGAAACUACAUAAACACGAUCUAAGAUACAUUCGUGUUUAUCACAAAUAAAAAUGUAUACCCGUGUGAUAUGUGUACUUUUUGUAAGUUUCUUGGCACUCAGUCAAGCUAACGUCCUCCAGAAUACAGUUAAUGUGAAAAAACUGCAAGGAAUCUUAGAAGAAGGUUUGAAAAGUAAAGAUAUAGGCGCUCUUUACUUUGCUAUCAAAGGCUUGAAGCAAAUUAAUGCUAAAACACCUGAAGUCUGUGAUGUGUUGAAAAGUUUGAAAUAUGACAUUUCAAACUUAGAACAAGUAUUUUAUAUAACUAAUGCAGCUGCACUGGCAAACUGCUUAACCAUUUUGAACCCUGAGCUCCUUGGUACUCCAACAAGGACUCUAGACAAGAAAGAUGCAACUCUGCAAGAAAUAUACUAUGCGGUAUAUUCAUUGAAGGCUAUGGGCAAAGGCACCAUCAUGGACAAAGAGGACUCCCUGAAGAACCUUAUACAAUUGUUGAAAAAAGAUGAUUCACCUGCUAACUAUGGUUAUGUGUUUGCGCUUUGUGAGCACAUGGGUUGUGGUACAUGGACAUCAUCACAUGCUGAAGGUGUGCUACUAGCGGCUGACGAGACGGACGCGCGCGCGCUGCAUUUCGACGGCGGACUGCCUGCCACUGCACUCAUACUGGGCAGCAUAGCAAGGACAUAUAAAAGUCUAAAGAAAGCAUCACCUUUGAGUGAGGAGCAGCGCUACAAGUUCAGCAACUAUGUUUCGGGGAGGUCUGUGAGCACGCCACGCGGCGCUGCGUUGUUACUAGAGGCCGCCACUGCGCUUGCCGACGACGAGCCAUCUCCUAUUUGCAUUGUGAUUAAAGGCAAGAAAUACGUAACCUCCGAGUCAGACUCUGUAGAGUUUUCGAUCACUGACCUCAUUGGUCGUCCAGUGCGCGGUCUCAAGCCCGAGGAAGUUGUCGCCCAGUCCGCCACCCGCCUUGCAGACGAUGUUGUCGUGUUGUCUAAACAACCGUUAACUCAGAAACCCAAUGAGCCAACAACCUUUGUACUUAACCUUGGCAAGAUUAAAGCUCAGUAUGGCCUCUACAAGAUAUCUCUCAGCGCUGGCUCUAAGACGGCCAAUCUGAAUGUGGCUGUGCUUGGUGAGAUUCAAGUCAGUAGCAUGGAGGUGGGGAUUGGCGAUGUUGAUGGCACCACCAGUCCAAAGGUCACCACAAUUGCUUACCCCAACAAGCUGACCGAAGUACUCCAAGCUGAUCACUUGCAGAAGGUGAGCUUGAAGUUCAGUGUGCGCGACAAGUACAACAACCCGGUGUCGGUGCAGCAGGCGUUUGUCCGCGUCGCCCCCGCACACCCCGCAGCUGCCGCCGACCUGGAGGCCAUCUAUGUCGCCGAGCCCAGCGCCAAGACAUACAGGGUCGAGUUGAACGUAGGCGCGAUCGCGAAGCAUUUGAACCACCAGUCUGGCGCACACUCGCUGACACUGUACCUGGGAGACAGCGCCGUCUCCAACCCCAUCGCUUGGCCGCUAGGCGACAUACACUUUAACUUCGGCAAGGACAGCAAUGCUCUAGGUCCAGUAGGGAGCGAGAGCCGUCAGUCCCGCGCUCGCGGUCCGCUGCCGGAGAUCGUGCACCAGUUCCGGGCGGCGGAGGCGCGGCCGGCGCGUGCUGUGUCUGAUGUGUUCGCGGCGUGCUGCGCGGCACCACUGCUGCUGUUGCUGGUUAUGUGGGCCCGUCUCGCGCCUCGUCUGCAUCUGCCGCCCAUGCCCGUCGCGCUUGUCUUCCAUCUUGCAUUAGGAGCUUCACUGGGGCUGUAUGUGCUGCUGUGGCUGCAGCUGUCGAUGUUCGCGACGCUGCGCUACCUGGCGCCUCUCGCGCUGCUCACCUUCAUCUCCGGGCACCGGCUGCUGCGCCGCCUCGCGCAGGACAAGCAGACGCGCUAAUACCUGCCCAUAAACUCAUAUGGUGAUGAGUUUUGCACUAUAAAUUCAUAAUUUAUUAUUUUAUUUCAACAUUUUUCAAAUAAAUACGUACGU